AUGACUGCAUUCAGAUAUUUAUCUUUAAUAACGAAUAGUUCGUGUAAAUGCACAACUUUUUUAGGAAAUAAAACCGCUAUAGUCACAGGAGGAGCAUCUGGAAUUGGACUUCAAACUGUAAAAAUCUUAGCUUCUCGUGGAGCUAAAGUAAUUAUAGCAGAUAAAAACUAUAUAAACGCCAAAUUAGUGUUACAAAGUUCUUCUUUUGCUGCUAACAUAACUUACAAACACUUAGAUUUAUCAUCAUUGUUAUCGAUAAGACAAUUUUGCCAUUGCAUUAAUAAAGAAGAAGAUCAUAUAGAUAUUUUAGUAAAUAACGCAGGUGUUGGAGGUUUAUUACAUCGAUAUACUAAAGAUUUACUUCAAGAAGAGAUGCAAAUUAACCAUUUUGGGCCUUUUUUAUUAACACAUUUAUUAACAGAUGUUUUAAAAAGAUCUAAUCCAAGUAGGAUAAUAUUCGUUACCUCAACUCUUGCUUACGCUAAUAAUUUAACAUUAAGCAACUUAAACACAAUCUCGGAUUAUCCGAUAAUGGAUUUUAUGGUGUAUAGCAACUCAAAAUUGUGUAACAUAAUUGCUUCGAAAGGUUUUGCCGAAAAAUUGAAGCACUCUGGGGUUACAUCUAACGCUGUACAUCCUGGGAUUGCAGUUACUAAUAUUUAUCAAGGAAUGAGGGGCGUGGAGAGAUAUCAAAAUUUAAAAAAGUUUGUUUAUUUUUCGUUGGAUAAAAUCGCAAAGACUCCUUUACAAGCAGCUCAAACUGUAGCUCAUGUAGCUUUAAGCGAAACGCUUCGAUGCAUUACCGGAAAGUUUUUCAUUGAAAAUGAAAUAUUUGCACCACCCAAAAAGGCAAUGGAUUUAAAAUUUUGCAAUGAAAUUUGGAAUGCCAGUGAGGAAUAUGUUGAUUUACAACAUAACGAAAAAGUAUAACGUAAAGUUGUCAUAGAAACCCAGUUAUUUACCAAAUACUUCAUAAAUAUUCAUGUCUACCCAAAAUUUGAUUGUGCAUCGACAAAAAAAUUUAAAUUCCAAAAAUGGCAAAUGAUAAGCCUGAUAAUCUAUCCCAAAUAAGUUCAUUCACAAGCGAACCUAAUGUUGCAAAAAGCGUUAUAUCUUCAACAACAACUUCAAAAAAGUCCUUCCGAAAAAGGAAAACUUGCAGUUGGAGAGUGGCGAUGUUAGCGACACCAAAAUAUGUUACAGCCAAAUAUAAAUCGGAAGAACAGUGUUGCCAUCAACAUCACAAGCAGGAAGAACAAGAACAAAUUCCACCAGAACAAGGAGAGCAGCAAGACCAACAACCAAAUCAAGUUCAAUCAAAACAAGAACAACCCAAAUUACCAAAACCAAAGAAAAAACCUACUCGUUUGGAAAGUAUUAAAUCAAGUGAACGACUUGAAUAUUUAGCAAGACCACAUCUAAGGUCUUUAUACACAAACAAAAAUUCAUAUACCGGAAAUCCAAAUACAUUUAGAGAUUACGAGGAUCGAAUGAAUAAACGUAUAAACAGCGCUUGGGAUAGCAUUUAUAAUGAAUAUAGAAAAGCUAAACAUGAAGAAAAGUUAAAACCUGUAAUUAAGAUUGAAGAAUUCACAAAAGACGCAUCAACUUCUCCGAGAAUGAUGUCGCCAGUUAGAGAAUUAUCGGCUAAAAAAGUUAAAAGGAAUUCAAUUAAGGAAAAAACCAUCCAAAUGAUUGGAAAAAGUAAAAAACAUAACAAAAAGGAUGACGACGUUUCGAUAAAAUCGAAAGCUUUCGACGAAAGCUUAGAAAAAAGUAUGGUUUCAACAAAAAAAGAGGUUGUCAAGAAAUAUAUUCAGCCGGCUAAAAUUAGUAGUAACAUGAAUAUACUUUAUAAAUAUGAAUUUUAGUGGUGUAUUAUCAAAAAUAAAAUUAUAAAAAAAG